AUGCCACCCAAAACCACAACAACCCAAGCUCGACCCCAAACCCGCCCUCCUCUCAAGAACCCCUCCGCCAGACCAGCAACAGGAACGGUAAAAGCGCCAGCCCGCACAGCCUCCGCUCCCUCCAGACCAGUUGGAUCCACAGUCCGUCCAACACCCAGACACCCACCAUCAGGCACCAAACCCGUCCAAGCAGAGCCCGCACGGGAAGGCAACUGGCUCAACCGGACGGUCCAGAACAGCGUCGCGGGUGUAGGAAACUACGCCGGGGGCUUCAUCACUUCGAUUGGGAAUUCCGUGAACAAAGUCGGAGAGGGCGUCGGGAAUAAGUAUGUGUUUUCCCCAGCAGAGCCUUGAAAGCUCCUCAUGUUUUUUUUCUCGGGUUUCUUUCAGGCUGACUUGGGGGUGGUUGUUGUUGGUAGGAUCAACGAUACGACCCGCUACUGGGGCCAAGGCGUCGCGGGCUACGGCAACAAUAUCAAAGAUUCCGUCGGUGUCGGCGGACCCCGUGUUGCCACGGGUGGAAACCCCUUGGGUCUGGCGGGACAGGGCUCCGCGCAGAACCAGCCUACCGGCAAGGCGCAGAGCGCUGUGAGAGGCGGCGGGAAAGCAGGUGGAGCGAAUCCGUUGGGGUUGUAG